AUGGAUGCCCGGCAAUUGGAGUGCAGGAUCUGCAAGAAGACAUUUACUCAGAAGUCAUCUCUGGUCAGACACACUAAACGAUGUACUCCAGGGCCGAGCCCCAGCCUACGCCAGAAGUCCUGCCGUUGGUGUACAGGGUCGAAAGUCCGAUGUGAUCUACAGCGACCGACUUGCUCACGGUGCCUGCAACGAGAUCUGGCCUGCGAGUAUGUUAUUCCUCUUACUAGAAACUGGAGGAGUCCCUCUGCCUCGGGUUUUUCGCGGAGCCUUGAUGGCUCGACCAAUUCGGCUAGUGCUAGUCCACCCUCAGCUCCGGAUCCUCAACCACCUCCGGUCUUCGCGCAAACAGACAGUUUUUCGCAAUUUCUGUUCUCACAUAACGAUCCAUUUCCUAAUGUGUCAUCCUCAUCCCUCGGUGCGGACCUAGCAUUAACUUCAUUCGCCGAUCAAUCGUGCUCUCCCGCUACUAAUACGCCAGAAAUAAAUAACUUCGGCAACGACUGGACAAAUUUGCCAUUUCUUGAACAGCUUGACUCCACUCCACCGCUAGCGAGACAUAGCAUGGAGGUCCUACUUCGCGUUAUGAAAACUUGGCCGAAGAUGCUGGCAAAGGAAUUCCAGCCUCCGCCGUUACUUCAUACGUCGCAGAUGUACCAUAUACUCACUAAUCAAAACCCGCGAAUACUUCCGGAACAGUCGGCACAUCCUGUGCCGCAACCACUUGCGAAUUGUUUUACUAUCUCCAAAAUGUGGGCUGGUCAGUGUGAGGGAGCGAGCGGAAUUGUGACGGAGACGGUUACGAAAGAGAUGGAGUCAUUGUUUGAGAAGUAUCGCACAAUGAACGAACCCGAUCUCCUCGCCGCUCUCCAGGCUCUCGUCUUAUACACCGUCAUGCUACUGUUCCCCUCUCACUCCCAAUCUUCUCUCGCUCCCGUCGCCCCUUCUGUCUUCGCCUCUCUCCAAAAGGUUGUUUACUACGUCGCCAGCACCGGCCUCGUGCUCCAAGAAGAGCGCGACCACAUCCGCCCGUCCUGGGACUCCUGGAUAUACGUCACCUCGAAACGCCGCGCGGUCUUUUCCCUCUACCUCCUCCAUUGGUCCUACAGCGUCUACAACGGCCUCCCCUCCUUCAGCUGCGCCGAGCUCGGCUUCAUGCCCGCGCCCGCGCCCAAAUUCCUCUGGGAAGCCGCCAGCCGCGAGGUCUGGGAGGCAUACUAUAUCCGCUGGCUGGCGCAGUGGGGUGGGGAGGAGUACAUGAUGCGGGAAUUCCAGGACGUGGAGACGCAGCAGGGGCCGACAGUUGACGCGCGCACGGGGCUGUGGCUAGAGGAUGCGGAUGAGCUGGGAAUACUAUUCUUCUCUAUUGGUGGGUCGAACCCUGUUUCUAUUAAUGUUCAGAUUCCGGAGCUGCUGAGGGUAGAAGGGGCGCGAGAGUGUUUUGUCGUUGUACCGCCGCCUGUGAGGUGUUGCUACGCAGUAGACUGA